AUGAGCAGUGCACUGUACAGACAUCGACGGAAGCAGAUCCCUGCACUUCCCCUGACAAGAUCCGAUGUGGACCUUAAUGGAGUAUGGACAGAGACUGCUGAUGGCCGCCCUUUCCUCUUGACCGCUGGCGGUGAUGCAGAUAAGAUACUGAUCUUCUUCACUGAUCAACAGCUUCGUGCUUUGCAGUCGGCCGACACAAUCUAUAUGGACGGCACCUUUUCUUCAUGUCCUGAUCUCUGGGAUCAUGUCUACAUUCUUCAUGCCAGGAGCGGGUCAACCACAUACGCACUUGUAUAUGUCUUGCUGCCCGACAGACAAAUAGCCACCUACUGCAGACUGUUCAGUCAACUCAAGACCACAGUUCAGAUACGACUCAACCUAACUCUUGACCCUGCUACAGUCCAGACAGACGUUGAGUUGGCUGCCAUUCGUCCUGUUGUGAGGGAAUUUCCUAACGCCGAGGUCAAGGGUUGUUACUUCCAUUACUGUCAGGCAUUGUGGAGGAAGGUGCAGAACCUGGGACUUGCAGUGCAGUACAAGGAAGAUCCUCCCGUCCAACAGUGGAUCCGCAGGGCUGCCAGAUUAGCUCUACUACCACUAAACGAAGUUCAGGACGCGUGGAUUGAAGCCAUGGACUCGACACCAAAUGUUCCUCGUGCCCAAGAGUUCAAUGACUACAUGAUCGUCAACUGGAUUGAUUAUGAUGCUCGCUUCCCCCUGCCGCUCUGGAACCACCAUGAGACCAAUGGGCCACGCACCAACAACAAUCUGGAAGGAUUCCACAACCGUCUCAACAAAGCAAUGCCCCACUACCAACCGAACAUCUAUCGUUUUGUGGACAUUAUUAAGAAGAUCGAGUUUGCAGACAGAGCCAAGAUUUCCCAGAUUGACUUCGGCGCCGCUCCUCCAUCCCGCAAGCGUGUGUACAGAGAGAUGGAAAACAGACCAGUUAGACUCAAUGAUCAAUUGCAGCAGAGAGUCAAGACGCCACUUCAGUUCUUAGAUGCUGUCGGCUUUCUACUGAAACUUGCUUAA